GCCCGCCCUAUAUGCUCGUAUAUUUCACGCGCCGCACGCACUCUCUCUCUUUCUCUCUCUCUCUCUAAAAUCGAUGAUAUAACCAAAAAAAAAAAAAAAACAAAACAAAAAUGGUGAGUGAGUUUCAUUAUUAUCACUGAAGAGAGAGAGAGAAAGAAAAAGAGGGGUUAGGGAAUCGAAUGAUACAGUGACUCAGUUGAAUUCAUUCUUGCUUGAUUGUUUCAUGGAUUCUCCAGAACCUUCUAAGAUCAACAACAACAACAACACUUCUUCUUCUUAUUCUUCUCUCUCCACUCUCAAUGCCGCCGCUGAAUCUCCUCAAGUUCAAGAAUCUCCCUUUUUGAGAUUUGUCAACACUCUAUCUCCAAUAAAGCCCGUCAAGGCUUCUCACGCGACACAUGGGUUUCUCGGACUCAAUUCUCCACCUCUUGUAUUCAAGUCGCCGCGUAUUAGUGAUCACCACCGUGAAAAACAAUACUUGGAAAGGCCUCAAGGUAGCAAUUUGUCCAGUGGGGAAAUAUCUCAAAGUGACAUCGGAGACAACAGUCUUGGUGAAGCUCGUGGUGAUUUGAAGAAAUUGACUUCUCAGCAGUCAUUGCCAGAGGGGUUUAUAACAGAUGCCCAGAAGGAAUUUGGCGUCAAGAACGAUGCGAAUAACGAAAGCUGUAGUCCUCCACAAUCUGUUGAGGAAUAUUUGGCUGAUCCCGGGGAGGAUCAAUUGUUUCCAGUCAACCCAGAAACGGAACAAUCUACUGAUGCGGUUGGGUCAUCCUUAACUGAGACAGAGAGAGUUAUAUUAAAAUUUGAUAGGAGUGAUGGUCCUAGUAACAGAGCAGAAGAACUUUUGCCUCUGUUGGAGGAAUCUAAUAUGGUUCAUCAAGAAAGGCAAGCAUAUGUUGAAAAUAAUUCAAUAGUAGAAGGGGAGAAAAAUGGUGCUGAAUUAGUUUCUCAAGAGCACGUAAACUUAGGCUCGAGUUCAGGUGCAGAUGCUUUUGAUAAACAAUAUUGCAAUGAUUCACUUCCCCAGUGUGUAGGAAAUGAUCAACGACAUCAGAGUGACUGUAAACCUCAAUUGAUGCCUGAUCCUAUCCAGGAUGUUAAAGAAUUCGAAAAUUCCAAUGAGAUGGUGUCAACAUCACAAGUAAAUUCAGAGAAUAUCCCACAAGAUGGCUCUGAGGCUAGUCUAAAGUAUCAUGGCUUCCGUAGACGCUGCCUACAAUUUGAUGAAGCUGCUUCUAUUGUUCUUGGAAGUAACAAGUUUCAUGUGAAAAUGAAUGCAACUUCAAGCAACGUGAAAAUAGUUCCUGUGGCAGGUUCAAAGCCACCAGGCAUUGGGUUGCAUUUAAAUAGCAUUGUAAAUGCAAUGCCGCCUAGUCGUGCUUCAAUUUCAGGUGUGAGAUUAUCAGAUGGUUUACAGGGGAUACAAUCCAAACCUUCUAUAAGUCUGCAUAAAGUGGAAAGUGUGACAAGAUCCUCGGUUCCGUCCAAUAUGGAUGGUCAAUCGUUUAUUGAUACUAGAAAUGAGAGCCAUGAAACUGAUGCUUCAGUAGUUGCAGAUUCUUUCAUUUCUGAGUCUCCUAUCUUGAAAGAAUCCAUCGACCUAUAUCCGGCAAAUACAAAUGAUAAGAAGAGAGUUAGCCCUACAGAAGUUGAAAAUACUGAGGAAUCAAACCAUCGUAGCACCUCCAGGAAAAAGAAGAAAACAAGUGCUGAUGAUGCCAGUGGCCCUAAGAGUUGCAACUGUAAGAAGAGUAAAUGUUUGAAACUUUAUUGUGAUUGUUUUGGUGCUGGACUCUUCUGUGGCGAGGAUUGUGCUUGUGAAAGCUGUGGUAACAGAGUAGAAUUUCAGGAGACAGUUGUUGAGACAAAGCAUCACAUUGAAUCUCGUAAUCCACAGGCAUUUGCUCCCAAGAUUGUACUGUGUGCGGCCGAUGUUCCACCAAAUAAUAUGGAAGAUGUGAAUAUGACAACACCGGCAUCGGCAAGGCACAAAAGAGGUUGCAAUUGCAAAAAGUCAAAGUGUACUAAAAAAUAUUGUGAAUGUUUUCAGGCUAACGUUGGAUGCUCGACUGGAUGCCGAUGUGAUGGAUGUAUGAAUGCUUUUGGCAAGAGAGAAGAUUUUGUGGCAAUGGAACAUGCUUUGAGCAAAGAGAGGGAGAGUAGCAUUGUUGAAGAAGGGUUCGAUGACACACUUCACAAUAAACAGAAAAUGGUGACAGUUAGGACAGGCUUGUUUCGACCAGUAAAUCACCUCUCACCUGUAACACCAUUGUUGGAAUGCUCUGACCAAGGCAAGCAGGCUGCAAAGUCCAGAGUUCCUUCUGCAAGUUGGACUAAAUCUUCCAAAAAAUCACGGAGCAGUCUUGCACAUUCGGAGUCGAAUAAUUCUCAAAAGAAUGCACCUACAGGUCCUUCACCUAAAGAUAAUGAGUGGUUAGAUCUUCCACCAUACCAACUCUCCAAUAGAUGCGGUAUUCGCCAAUUGUCCGGGGGUUCUCUUCGUUGGCGCGGUAGUUCACCAAUUACCCCAAAUGAUUCCAAAGAUGAUGAAUCAGACGACAAGCUCUUUGACAUUCUAGAAGAUGGAACACCUGAUGUAUUAAAGGAAGCUUCAACUCCCAUCAAGUCUGUGAAAGCAAAUUCUCCGAUCCAAAAGAGAGUUUCUCCUCCACAGAAUCAUAUACUUCGGAUUGGAUCAAGCUCCUCAGUUGGUGGUUUGAAAAGUGGCAGGAAAUUUAUAUUGCAAUCUGUUCCUUCUUUUCCGCCGUUGACUCCUUGUGCUGAUUCCAAAGCUAUUCGCACUGCCAAUGAGGAUUCGGGCAACAGCACAGAUAAAGUGACAUAACCCAAAAGCUAGAGAACACCCUCAAUGUGUGUAUUAUGGUUGGCAUCUUGUCUGGUAGGGGUAUGUUGACAUAUACUAUGUAAUAAAUGUUUUAGAAUUUUGCCAUUUAUAUGCUUAUGUGUGAAUCAAUGCACAGUUGCAGUUAUGACUGGAUCAUCCUUCCAAUGUGUAGUAUUUAUAUUUUUCAC